AUGAUCAACCGAAACAUUACAAACAUACGUAGUUGUAAAAACAUGAAUAUAUACAAUAACGAUAUUAAAAAAAAGAACGUCUUUGUGAACCAAGCAAUAUUUUUUACACCCAAAAAAAAUCUUAUGAACACAAGCAAUGAAAAAAAGGAUAUUGAAAAUAAGAUAUUACAGAAUGUGAAUGAUGAUUACCCUUCAAAUAACAACUUCAAUAACUAUAAUAGAUGGUUUGGCAAUCAGGAUCAAAGGAAAAUCGAAAACAUUCCAAGCACCAUUUGGAAAGGAAAAGAUACUAUUCUGACAUUUAAUACUAACACGUCUAACCUUAAUAGUAGUGGUGUGAAUACUCAUAGUACUACUACACUGUCGAAUAAUGGUAGAGAAAACAACAACAACAUAAAUAAUACCAUACCUAAUGGGUCCACUGCUGGUUUACUGAACGGAUCAGCUAACGGUUUAAUUAAUGGAACCGUUAGCAAUCUCCAGAACAGCAUUAAUGCAACUUGUAGUAACGAAACGUGUAGCAAUGCAAAUAGGUACAGUGGAAAUAACUACAACAAUAAUAACAACAUGGGGAAUGAACAACAACGUUUUAAUGUAAACAGCAGCUUAACUAAUCAGGGGAAUAAUUUAAACUCGUCUAACAUGAAGAGUUUGAACUUUUUGCAGAAAAAUAAUAAUAUUAUAAACGGUAAUGUAAAUAAUGAGAAUAAUGUGGAGUAUUUAAAUAUUUCGUUACAACAUGGUUUAGAAAAGAAGAAAGACAUCGUUUAUUUAUUUCAAGAAUUGUUGAGCUAUUGCGAGUGCUUAAAAAGAAGCAGAAAAAAAAGCACAGAAGAAAUUAACAAAAUUCGAGUUAGCUAUAACAAGGUUUCAGAUUUAUUAAAAGAAACAUUAAAAAGAGAAAAGAACAGUCAUAUAAAAAUAGAAGAAUUACGAAAUAUUAUAAUUAAUUAUGAUGAAAAGUUUGACCGAGUUAAAAAUAGCUCUGAAGGGACAAUAACAAAUUUAAACAAAAAUGUACAAACACUAAUCGAUUUGAAUAAUAACUUAGAAAUAGAAAUGAACAAAGUUGUCAACGAAAAUCAUCAAUUAAGAAAAAUAGCUCAAAACGAAUUUGUGUUGAAUAAAGAAAUUAAUAGCUUAAGAAAAGAAAUAGAAAUAUUAAAUAAUGAAAAAGUUUCUUUAGUACAUCAGAUAGAUGGGUUAAGAUUAGAAAAUUCAAAAAUUGAAAAUGAAAAAAAUGUUUUGUUAAGUGACAAAACUUUGCUACAUUGUAAAAUUGAUGAACUGGAAAAUGGGCUAAAAAAUAGAAAUAAUUUUUUUAAUAAAUCUCAAAUGACAGAAAAAGAAAUUAACCCUUUUAUAAUUAAUUCUGAUGAAGAAAUUAAUGAGCAACUUAACAAUUACUUAAAUUUAAAUCAUGAUCAAAGAACAGAACUUUUCAAAAAUUUUCUCUACCAUUGGAGGGAAACGAACAAAGCUGGUCAAAAAUUUUAUGAACAAUCAUGUAUUAUGAACUAG